AGGCAGAUACACACCAUGGGGCGCUUGGAGUUGGUUGUCUUGGGCCUCACCUGCUGCUUGGCAGCCGUGAGUGCAGCAAAGCUAGGCGCCGUGUACACAGAAGGGGGUUUCGUGGAAGGCGUUAACAAGAAGCUCGGCCUCUUGGGUGACUCCGUGGAUAUCUUCAGGGGAAUCCCCUUUGCUGCCCCCACCAAGGCCCUGGAGAACCCCCAGCGACACCCUGGAUGGCAAGGGACCCUGAAGGCCAAGGAAUUCAAGAAGCGAUGCCUGCAGGCCACUAUCACCCAGGAUGACACUUACGGGGAUGAAGAUUGCCUCUACCUCAACAUCUGGGUUCCCCAGGGCAGGAAGCAAGUCUCCCAGGGCCUGCCCGUUAUGGUCUGGAUCUAUGGUGGGGCUUUCCUCAUGGGGGCCGGCCAUGGGGCCAACUUCAGGAAGAACUACCUGUACGAUGGGGAGGAGAUUGCCACACGCGGCAACGUCAUCGUGGUCACCUUCAACUAUCGUGUUGGCCCUCUCGGCUUCCUCAGCACUGGGGAUGCCAACCUGCCAGGUAACUAUGGCCUUCGGGAUCAGCACAUGGCCAUCGCUUGGGUGAAGAGGAACAUUGCAGCCUUUGGGGGUGACCCCAACAGCAUCACUAUCUUUGGGGAAUCGGCUGGAGGUGCUAGCGUCUCUCUGCAGACCCUAUCCCCAUACAACAAAGGCCUCAUUCGGCGAGCCAUCAGUCAGAGCGGUGUGGCGCUGAGCCCCUGGGUCAUCCAGAAGAACCCACUCUUCUGGGCCAAAAAGAUUGCUGAGAAGGUGGGCUGCCCCGUGGACAAUACCACCAGGAUGGCCAAGUGUCUGAAGGUUACUGACCCCCGAGCCCUGACGCUGGCCUAUAAGAUGCCCCUGGCAGGCAUGGAGUACCCCAUGCUGCACUAUCUGGGCUUUACCCCUGUCAUCGAUGGAGACUUCAUCCCCGACGACCCUGUCAACCUGUACGCCAACACUGCAGACAUCGACUACAUUGCGGGCACCAACAACAUGGAUGGUCACAUCUUUGCCAGCAUUGACAUGCCAGCCAUCAACAAGGACAAAAAGGAUGUCACAGAGGAGGACUUCUACAAGCUAGUCAGUGGGCUCACCAUCACCAAAGGGCUCGCAGGUGCCAGGUCUACCUUUGAUGUCUACACCAAGUCCUGGGCCCAGGACCCAUCCCAGGAGAACAAGAAGAAGACUGUGGUGGACUUUGAGACUGAUAUCCUCUUCCUGGUGCCCACAGAGAUUGCUCUGGCCCAGCACAGAGCCAAUGCCAGGAGUGCCAAGACCUACACCUACCUGUUUUCCCAUCCCUCCCGGAUGCCUGUCUACCCCAAGUGGGUGGGGGCGGACCAUGCUGAUGACAUACAGUAUGUCUUCGGGAAGCCCAUGGCCACCCCCCUGGGCUACCGGAACCAAGACAGGACUGUCUCCAAGACCAUGAUCGCCUACUGGACCAACUUUGCCAGAACUGGGGACCCCAACAUGGGCCACUCGGCCGUGCCCACCCACUGGGAUGCCUACACCGUGGAGAAGGGCAGUUACCUGGAAAUCACCAAGAAGAUGGAUGGCAGCUCCAUGAAGCAGAACCUGAGAACAAGCUACCUGCGGUACUGGACCCUGGACUACCUGAUGCUGCCCACAGUGACAGGCGAUGGGGCUGCCCCUGCGCCUCCCUCUGGUGACUCCGAGGCUGCCCCCGUCCCCCCCUCAGGUGACUCCGAGGCUGCCCCCGUCCCCCCCUCAGGUGACUCCGAGGCUGCCCCCGCCCCGCCCUCGGGUGACUCCGAGGCUGCCCCCGCUCCCCCCUCAGGUGACUCUGAUGGGGCUCAGAUGCCCGUAGUUGUUGGCUUCUAG